UGUGUUUCUUCUUUUCUCUUCUCUGGGUGCCUUCCUCUGUUUCUUCAUUCUGUUCUCUGCUCUCCCCUCCCUUCUUGUCUCGGCUCUCUCCUCUCACCGCUUUCCUUUUCACCGUCCUUCUACCUUCCAUUCUUCGCCCCUUAUCUCUUCCCUCUUCUAACUCCUAACCCAAAAUCUUCCGGCGGAAGGGGGGUUGGUGUGUGAUUUGUUUGUGGCGGACAAGAAUAGCCGGACGAGGAGCAGGAGAAGAAGACGAGGAAGGAGCCAUUCCUUCUUCCGACGAGGCAUAUCUGAAUUUCCUCUCCAGUUGUUUUGUUUAUGGUUACAAUGAUGAGAUAUCAGAGCGUAAGCCCAGAUUGUCUCCCUUUACCAAACGGCAAGAAGCCCACCAGCACCGUCGGCACGAGCGGCCGGUCAAUCCCAGUCGGAGUCAGCUCGUCCCCCACUGGUUACGAAAUCAAAGGGUUCAGAUACAGAUCGCCGUCCAGAACGCAGGAUUUUCACCACCACAGCAGCAGCAGCAAUGGCGUCGCAGCCGGGAGCCCUUCGCUCUCCGACAAACGGGAGGCUAGUCCGCCCAGCCGGGGUGGGAGCGGCGAUAUGUUGCUGCAAUGGGGUCAGAAGAAGAGGGCGAGGGUAUCCCGGUCGGAGAUCCGGGCUCUGGCCGAUGAAUCCUCAUCUUCCGGUCAAGCCAGGCAACAAACCGUCGCCUCUAAGGUCACCAGGAGACUAGACGACAGCAAGCUGCCGGCUCCGUCUAUGCCGCCUCCUCCGCCGGCGGCGGCACAACAUCCCCAGCAAACGACCAACGGCAGGGGAGGCAACCUCAGGAAAGAAACCGCCGCUCUCCUCUCGCAUAGGUAAACCCGAAAUAUAUGUAUUUCUAUCUUUUGCGGAUUUUUAACUGAAAUCCAUUCAAUCUAGGGAUUUAGAAUCAACCAAUUUGGCGUUUGAUUUGCUUUGUUAAAAGAGCAGUCGUUCGUCCCUGUGCCCUGUGAUUGAUAGUAGCAAGCAACUUUCGUUAGGCAGCCAUCUGAGUGAUUUACGGUUCUACCCCCUCGAGAGAAUAUAUAUGGCGAACUGAGUGAUUCUGGAUUCCUGACUUUUCAUUUCGUUGGCCAAGCGGGUAUUCCAAUUUUCCCAAAAGGAAAGAAAGGAAGAAAAGAAUAGAGAGAGACUUGUCUAGUUAAUAGUUUUUCUGACGAUUGUCUGUUAUUAGUACAUAGUAGUAGCCAAUCCGAUUCGUGGGGUUUGGGAGAAGGCAUCGCAUAAGCCUGGCCCUUCCUCCAUUUCUGGGGUUGGAGGUUUUUGUCAUGACAGGAGUAGGGAGGACGAGGUAAUUUCUAACCUUUCCUGAUCUUCACCUGUCCAUCAUCAGCAUUAUCGCCCGUAGUGUGCUAGCUAGCUAGCUGAAUCUAAUGGUGUCGUGGUGGGUGGAUUUGAUUGAUGGUGGGAGGGAUCAAACCUCCUCCCUUUGUCUACCUGUCUGCAUAUCUCCACUGUCGAAAGAUGAAAUCUUUUGUGGAUUUCUGGUUGUGGGUAUUUGGAAGCUUGGGUUGGUUGGUUGAAUCUCACUGUUUUAUGGUUGGCUUUUUUUAAAAUUUCUUGCUAUUUGAUUUGUAGGAUCUAAUAAGAUGGGGUGAGGAACUGAGGGUGUCUUCUUGUUAACUCAGUUAUGCUGAUGAUGAUGAUGAUGAUUUUGUACUUUUGUAAGGUGGGUGAUGGCCAGGACGACUGUCUGGCUGUAUGGUGGUGGUGAUGAUUUGGGGAGGGGGAGGGGGAGAGGGAUAAAUUAGCUCUGUUUGGCUGUGUAUUUAAUUGCGUUCGUUUGAUUCAUCAGCUCUUUUUUCUUUAUUUGUUCCUGUGGAUUUGGGUUCGGGUUUUUGAACCUUGCAUAUCUCUUUACAAUUAAUUCUCUCUCCCUUUCUCUUUCUCUCUCUAACUUUGUGUCCUUGUCUCUCUUUCUAAGUCUCGCACACGCGGCCAUAACACAACAGAUUGUAGAGAACCAACGAGGCCAGCCUUUGUUUUUUCUUAACUAAUCUGUGGGCUUGUUUUUUUCUUCUUCAUUCUUUUGUGGUGGUGGGUUGUAUGGUGGCUGUGGCGAUGACCAGGAAUUUGGAAAAGCGAUCUGCUGGGAACGGGUCGCCGUCUCGGGCUAGUGGUGGCGGUGGUGGUGGAAGCCGGGUGGUUUCUAGAUCUACUACGGCGGGGAAAAGAUCUCCUCCGACUCCAGACAAAGUUGAUAAAAAGGCUCAGCACCAACAGCAACAGCCCACCUCACGGUCUAGCAGGGAUGAGAAAUUGAAUGGAUCAGCAGCAGCAGCUGCUGCUUUGCUGCAUCACCACCAUCAAGCUGCAGCAGCUGCUGAUCAUCAUCAUCACGGGCACGGCCGCCACCACGUAGAGUCAACUUCAGGCCAACUGGACCAUGAAGGUGGCCGUGGUGGUGCAGCUGUUCAUAAUAAUACAGCGGCAGCCCCGGUGGAAAGAUUGGCGGUGGAGUGGCCGAGGAUUUUUCUGUCACUGUCGAGGAAGGAAAAGGAGAAUGAUUUCCUGGUAAUGAAAGGCACCAAGCUUCCCCAACGGCCCAAGAAGAGGGCCAAAAAUGUUGAUAGAGGGCUUCAGUUUUGCUAUCCAGGGAUGUGGCUGUCUGAUUUGACAAAGAGUAGGUACGAAGUAAGAGAGAAGAAGAGUGUGAAGAAGCAGCAGAAACGGCGAGGAUUGAAGGGGAUGGAGAGCAUGGACAGUGAAUCAGAGUGAUGUAAGAAGAUGGACCGAUAGACAGAAAGAAGAGGCCGUGCUGCAGGUCAGAUGAGAUGAGAUGAGAUGAGCCACCAUGUGCUUUACUUAUUGGGGGGUGAAGACAGUGAGUGAGAUGAAUAAUUGUUUCGUUGGGGGACCUUUUGGUUGGUUCUCUUUGCCAUUAGAGGAAGAAGAGAAGGAAAGGAGCCCCCCCUCUCGCUCAGCCUGCGGCUACAGCCCCCUCGCUUAUCUGCCUCUGCUUCCUUGCGCGGUCACCGAUUGCUUGCUUGCCUUCGGAGAAACUCCUUUCACUUGCCGCCAUCAUCAUCAUCAUCAUCAUCCUUGCCUGCCUCCCGUACAUACAAACAGUGAUAAACGUAUUUCAAUGGUUCCUCGUUGCGACUGGGGAAGGGAAGAGGGAUAUAGGCAAUGCCAGCAUUCCCCACCCUUUCCUGCAAACUUCAUCCACCAUUCUUGCAUUUCCCCAUCCAACAAAACAUUUCUCAUCAAGUUAUAUGCCUCGCACUCAUCUCAUCUCUCAUCGGCUUCACAUUGGAUAUUGAAUCUGAAUCUGCAAUGCAGGAAAAUGGAGAGAGAAUUGUAGUGUUUGGGUGCUGGCAGCAGCUUUUCUCUUUUUGUUUUGCCUGGUUUUCUCUGUUCACUUCCCCUUCCCCCUUUAUGGGAAUUUGGUCGUCUUUUUAUGGGGGGUUAGAAAAUUCUUUAGUUCAUGUUCUGCUCCCACUCGUUGUACAAAAAUCAACCUGCCUCUUUGCAGUCCGUUGGUUUCCCGCUUGAGAGCAAUCAAAUUUCUUCCAUUUCAG